GGGCGGCAGCAUGGUGGAGAAGCGCUGCCCGCUGCAGAGGGACGGCGUGUACCGCUGGUUCUCGGAGCUGCCGUCGCCGCAGCGCGUGGAGUUCCUGUGCGGCCUGCUGGACCUGUGCAUCCCGCUCGAGCUGCGCUUCCUCGGCUCGUGCCUCGAGGACCUGGCCCGCAAGGACUACCACUCGCUGCGCGACUCGGAGAUCAAGGCCAACAACCCGGCCGACCUGGGCAGCCUCACCAACCUGACGGACGAGGUGGUGCGCAGCAAGCUGCUGGUGUCGCUGGCGCUGCUGGGCUCGGAGCAGCGCGAGGCGGCGGGCGUGCUCUACCGCACGCUCACGCACAUCGACUCCAUCAUCCACAACUACGGGCUGCAGCUCAACGAGGGCCGCACGGGCGAUGAGUUUCUGCUGCUCUUCACCAUGGCCUCCAACCACCCGGCCUUCAGCUUCCACCAGAAGCAGGUGCUGCGCCAGGAGCUCACGCAGAUCCAGAGCAGCCUCAGCGGCGGCGGCGGCGGGGGCCACGGCGGCAAGAGCGCGCUGCCCACCUGUCCGGCCUGCCACAAGGUGACACCAAGAACCGAGGCCCCGAUGGGCAGCGCGGGCGCCAGUCUGGAGAGCGCGCUCCACACGUCGGUCCAUUCCACGGAGGACUCGCCGCCCAAGAGGACUGUGGGGAAACACGCCAAAGUGAGUGUCGAAAAGAUAGACCUGAAGGGAUUAUCACACAAAAAAAAUGACAGAAAUGUUGAAUGUUCCUUUGAGGUCUUGUGGUCUGAUUCUUCAGUAACAUCAGUAACCAAAUCUCCCUCUGAAGUGACUGAAUUUAUUUCAAAGUUACCCCAGCUACACCCCGAGGACAACCUGGACAAGUUCACUCCUUGCUUAGCCGGCCCGGAUUCCUUUUACGUCGAGCGAAACCACGUGGAUCUGGAAGCGGACCUGAGGUAUUUGGCUUCAUUACCUCCUCACGUGUUAAAAAACGAGCAGGUCAGGAAAUUCUUCAGCUCUUCGUCUCCCACCCAACAGCUUCAAAGUCCAAGUGCCGGCACCCCUUCCCUCUCUAAAGUGGGCACCGUGCUGGGCGCGUCUGGAAGGCCUGUGUGCGGCGUGGCCGGUGUCCCCUCGUCUCAGAGCGGCACGCAGCACCACCUGCAGCACGUGGCCAGCGCGGCCGCCUUGCCCCACUGCUCCCACACGGGGGGUGCGGGCUCGGCGCUGGCCUACCGGGCCCAGAUGGACUCCUCGCCUGCCAUCCUGAUGCCCUCCGGGCUGCAGCCCCCUCAGACCCAGGAGCAGAACGGGAUCCUGGACUGGCUUCGGAAGCUGCGCCUGCACAAGUACUAUCCCGUCUUCAAGCAGCUUACCAUGGAGAAGUUUCUGAGCCUCACGGAGGAAGAUCUGAAUAAAUUUGAGUCCCUCACAACGGGCGCGAAGAAGAAGCUCAAGACACAGCUGGAGCUGGAGAAGGAGAAGUCGGAGAAACGGUGUCUGAACCCUACAGCCCCGCCCCCAGUCACCAGCAGUGGCGUGGCCCGUGUCCCCCCCACCAGCCACGUCGGGCCCGUGCAGGGUGUCCGAGGCCCCCACGCUGCAGCGCUGCGGGUGGACGUGGAGCCACCGCCCCAGCAGACGGCGCGGGAGGGCAGCUCCUCCGAGUGCUCCAGCUCGUCACCCAGCCCCAUGGGGCUGCAGGCCCGGGACGAGAGCUCGGACAGCGCCGAGGAGAGCGACAGACGUGUGGACGUGCACGGGGAGGGCUCGGAGAAGGAGAAGCCCGUCAUGCUGCUGAACCACUUCGCGUCGGGGUCCACCAGACCCACGGCCCAGGUUCUCCCCGUGCAGAACGAGGCCGGCUCCAGUCCGUCGGGCCACCACCCCCUCCCCACCCAGAUGAUGGCUGCGGCCUCGCACCUGGCGCCCAUCCGGAUGCUCAAUUCCGUGCACAAGUCGGAAAGGGGGGGCGCGGACAUGAAGCUCCUCCCGCCCUCUGUGCACUCUCUGCUGUCUCUCGAAGAAAGGAGUAAACUCUCGGGACCAAGAGGCGGGAUCAAAGUGGACAAGAACUUCGGCCACGCCGUGAUCGACGCGGCACCCACGCCCACCCCCCAGCAGCCCCUGCAGGUUCUGUCUGCCCUCGCCGAGAGCAGCUCCGUGUCACCCACGGUCUCCUUCGGUCCCCGCACCAAAGUCGUGCACACGUCCGCGCUGGACAGGGUGAUGAAGUCGGCCCCGCAGCCGGCCCUGGCGGGGGAGGCCAGCACUGCUGCCGCGGGCACGUCGGGCGCGGUCUUCCACGCGGCCCGGCCCCCCAUCAAACUUCUGGUGUCAUCAUCUGUCCCCGCGGAUUCCGCCAUUUCUGGGCAAACUGCCUGUUCGAAUAACGUGCAAAUAAGCGUGCCCCCUGCAAUAAUAAAGCCGCGGGCUGCCGUGUGCGCCGCCAGCACCAAAGCUGCCUUCUCCGCGAUGGGCAGUGUGCCCCUUGGGCCCCUGCAGGCCGGCUUCUGUGCGAGCAGCAACACUGCCUCUUCCAGCAGCCACCCCUCCGCGUCCUUCGCCAGCAUGGCCACCGUGCCCAGCUGCCCAGCCCCCAGCUCCAGCCCCGCGCUCUCCUCGGCCCCUGAAAGCGGUUUCUACAGCAGCGGCGGCGGGGGCGGCGGCGGGGGGGCCGGCGGGGCCGGUGGGGGCGGUGGGGGCUCCCCCGGGAACCUGCCCGCCGCCAGCCAGAACCACCACCACCACCACCACCACCAGCCGCAGUCGGCGCCCCCGCAGCCCGCGCCCGGCCCGCCACCCGGCUGCGUCGUGUGCACGUCGUGCGGCUGCAGCGGCAGCUGCGGCUCGGGCGGCCUGACUGUCAGCUACGCCAACUACUUCCAGCACCCGUUCUCGGGGCCGUCCGUGUUCCCCUUCCCCUUCCUGCCCUUCAGCCCCGUGUGCGGCAGCGGCUACGUGGGCGCCCAGCAGUACGGCGGCGGCGCCUUCCCGGUGGUGCACUCGCCCUACGGCGGCGGCGUGGCCCCCGAGCCGGUGCUGGCCGGCCAGUCCGCCUUCGCCGUGCCGCCCAUGCCUGGCUUCAUGGCGGGCGCGGCGGGCGUGUACCAGGCGCCGGGGCUGGGCGGCGGCGGUGGCUCCGGCCACAAGAAGAGCGGCAACCUGUCGUGUUACAACUGCGGGGCCACCGGGCACCGCGCUCAGGACUGCAAGCAGCCGUCCAUGGACUUCAACCGGCAAGGUACUUUUAGGUUGAAAUAUGCCCCUCCAGCAGAAAGUCUGGACUCCACAGACUGAUACUUUUCUCUGGCAACAGAACACUAUUAAGCCAUGGAGACAUAAGGAAACUUAAAACUGAGAAGUCUAGUUGCUGUUGAGCUUAAUAUUUUUAAUCCAAAGGUGCUUUACUUUACUAGACUGGAUAGAAAACCUAGCGUAGGAGUGCAUCAAACUCAGUUUUAUUGCCAAAAUCCUAGAUUGGAGCUUGACGUCAGGACUCGCCUGGUCGGGGUCUCCGCCGUGGCUGCGAUGCAGAGACCUCCGUGUGCCGAGGAGCAUUGCCGCCGUCGGUCCUUCCAGGCUCACACUAAUUCCCGGGCAGCUACGCAAGAUCGGAACCGAGACCUGCAGGUCGGAGCGCUCCGCGCGGAGUUCCAGCCGUCGGACUCUUGAUACCCCUGCGCGAGGGAAAAUGUCGCCCGUUUUGUUUUGUUCUUUGUUUUUUGUUUUGUUUUGUUCCUCAAGUGGUUGGACACUAAUCUCUCUGGGCUUUUUACGGAUUGCACUACCGAAGAAUGUAAACUGACGUCACUCUCUGCCGUUCUGGGAGACAGACUCCCCGAGACCAGUCAGUGCAAGACCCUCGGAGAAUCCGUUUGUAAGGAGUCGGCACCAGCAGGCCACGUGACUCGGGACGCAACGGAGAUGUUGGCGUCUCCUUCCCUCCUGAAGACACUCGUAGCAGUUCCAAGUCUCUGACUUUUUUCCUGCAAAUAAAUUUAAACUACGUUAUUAAGUAGAAAUAGUUCCUCGCAACAACUUAACGUCUAAGGGUCCAAGUCCCAGAGUCCCUAGUUGUCAAAGCCUUGAGAAUCCCUUCCCGGCCCUGCAUAGCUUGAAGUCCUGUCGCCGCCCACCGCGACGAAGCUCUCGCAGAGACACGGUGACCGCUCGGCCUUCGUGAGCUGGCUCUGAGCAAAGUUGGCAAGUUCUUCCUCUCCACACGGAUCUCCCAAGGACCCCAAGGCUUACUGCUAACGGAUUCACACUCGAGACAAACAUUUCAACAGUGAUACAGUCUUAGCAUUACGAGCAAAAGGUUUGAAAUGUUCUCCUGUCAACUUCCUUUGUAUGAGGCUGUGUAUUAGUGGUUAGUUCUCUAAAAAUUACCUGAAAACUACAAUAGAAAAGUGGUAAGACUCUGAAAGAGCCCACACCAACAGGCUAGAGCUCCAAGAUCUGCAGAAGUCUAGCUUUAGCCGAAGUGGGAGAUCAGGCCUCACCAUACAGCUCUGUUUCAUCCCAUGACCAUGAAAGCUUCUUGGUCCGAAAUUUAGGGACUUAAACCUUUAAAGCUAAAAGGGAAUUUUCUGCUCAAAUAUUAUUGCUUUAAACACUAAAGCCUUCAGUAUUAAAAUGUUGAUUGGUAAGGCCUUGCCCAGGGAUUUUGCAGUUGAAUCUUUAUUUAAAAACAGAGAAAUGUAGGAAUAUUCAGACCUUUCUUAAAAUGGGACAAUCAGCCUCAUGCCGAAUUGGUGUAAAUCAAAAGAAUACCCUAGAAUUUGAGGCUCUGUGAUGUGAGGCUUCAAAUUUCAUGAUCAGUUUCCUGGCUGGAGGGAAACUAGAGCAGAGUUGUUAACCUUUUUUUUUUUUUUUUUUUUUAAAGGCUUUUGGUAGAAUUUUUUAGACCUUUAUUUUAGUAGAGUUUCAUUUCUAUGCAAUGCAGAAUUGACAGACCUCUGUAUGCUUCUCUCUCUUCCUGGUACACAGUAUUACAUACAGUUUUGAAGUGAUGGUGAUGCUUACAACAACUUUUUUGGGGAAUGUUACAUUGAUCUCUUAAUUAUAAACACUACAAAAUGUCAAAAUAACGAGAACUGACACAACUUUGCCUUAAAGAGUAGGAGCCUGGAACUUGUCAUAUGAUGUUAAAGGAAGACUUGGGAGUGUCCACUGAUGUUUACGAUUUUAAUAUUUCUGAAGGCCGUUAUGGUGGCCUGGACAUGUGCUGAAAGCCAAACUUUUAAAUUUUUUGGUUUUUUAAACAAAGAAAUAUUUUAAAUAAAUCCUAUUUCAACACAGUGAAAUUGUUGAAAACUGUCUCAUAACAAAAGAAAAAAAAAAUCAUAUUUAGGGUUUCUGUUUUAGUGGUCAGUAUCGGGGAAUGAAAGUGUCUGUUGUUACCCUGAUGACUAUUUUGAUAAAUAUUAGAGCUUAGUGUGUUCCAUACAACAAAAAAUUAAAAUAGGAGCUUCGAUUCGAAGUAGGACAUUCAAAUGGAGGUAAAUAAGUCCAGACAUUGUGCGGCUGUGUUCCGGUCAUCAAAGGUCUUAGCAAAAUUCCCACUUGUCUUUGAAAGUGCAUGUGCGGUGUGAUGUCUCCAGUGAGGCCAUUCCAAGGUGAGAACUGAGAAACGUGAACAGGAGAUACACGGGACACAAAGCCUCCAGCUGCGCAUCCGUGGGACUCUUCCCAGGUGAACA